AAUACAAUGUCUAUGUCUAUGUCUAUUCAUAAGUCCUUAUGUAUCCUAUGUGUGUAUAUAUACACACUAUUCUUCUAUUUAUAUAUAAAUACAUAUAUUUACAGACCCAACAACACAAUCCAGUUCAAACUUCCAUACAUCAAAUCCCAACCCAUCUUCCAAUUCCAUUCCUCAUUCUUCUCUCUCUCUCUCUCUCUCUCUCUCCCUAGAAACCAUACCAUGACAAAGGUUCUUCCGCCGAUUCGUCGUUCCUUGCUGCACCCCCGCCGCCGCCACCACCACUUCCGCCCCCGCCACCAAGAAACGCCUAAGUCAUGAUGACAUCGAAGACCCACUUCGAAAAACCCAUCAAAAUGCCGACGCCACCCAAUCUGUAGCACCAUCCGAGACCAAAAUGAUCCGAACCAUCUUCAGCCACAGUCGCGGCCACCUCUGGUUCUGCAUCCACACUCGAUUCCUCCUCCCCUGCUUCAACACCUCCUCCGCCGCCAAAUCCACCACCAAGAAGCGCCCAACCACCUCCAUUCUCGACGACGUUGAAGACCCACUUCGAAAAAACCCAGAAGGAGAAGGCUCCACCACCCACCGUCGCCGCCACGUCUGGUUGUGCAUCCGAACCCGACUCGCCUUCUUUCGAUUCCUCCUCCCCGGAACCACCACCUGUCCCAUUCUCAAAAACCUCCACACCACUUCGCUUCUCGGCGUCGAAGACCAGCUUCGAAAACCCCACGAAAACUUCGUCGGAGGAGAUGGAGAAGGAAGCUCCACCACCGUAGCCGCCGCCACUCUCUCGGUGGCUCCGCUGCGGUUCUCCAAGAUGAUGGUGAUCGGAACCAUCUUCGGACACCGCCGCGGCCACGUCUGGUUCUGUGUCCAACCCGACCGCCACAGCACCCGACCCACCCUCCUCCUCGAACUACCCACACCCACUUUCCAUCUCAUCCAAGAAAUGCGGGCCGGACCCGUUCGGAUCACGCUUGAAUGUCGUGACCAAUUCGAACCCGAAAUGAGUCCAUGGCCGCUCCGUUCGGUCCUGGUCUGGACCAUGUUAUGCAACGGGCGGAAACUCGGGUUGGCGGUUCGGAGAAAGGCCACCGAAGCGAACCAACUCAUGUUAAAGACAAUGCGGAACAUUACGACCGGGGCGGGUGUUAUUCCAUCCGGGUUAGGGGCUGGGUCGUCGGGCGAAGGUGAGCUCAUGUUCAUGAGGGGUAAUUAUGAGUGUGUGGUGGGCGGACCGGACUCGGAGUCUUUCCAUUUGAUUAACCCGGAUGAGUCCCCCGGUCAAGAACUCAGUAUCUUUUUGUUGAGGUAAAGGGGAUGGAAUUUUGGAUUGAAGAGAGGGGUAUUUUGGGUAUGAAAGAUUGUUUAUGGGGGCUUUAAUGAGAUUGAGAGAAGAAGAACGGGCCUAUAUUGAAUCAGAAAAUUUGGGCUUUUUUCGUCAAGGAUUUUCCAACCAAGGCUUGAAAAGUGUGGAGUUCCUUGGCAAAACAUUUACAAAUCUUUUCAGGAAUUUUUGAGUUUGUUUGGAGGGCAAUCUUGGGAAAUGCACAGUUAAACAUUCAUGGAGGUUGCUUCAGGGCAGUGGGAAGUGUUCUAUGGUGGGUGAAUUGUGUGGAAUUGUAUAGGAUGAUACCUUCAAUGAAUUUUUUUUUAAAACUUAUAUCACAUGUCUGUUUAUCUUCAUGAAUGUUCUUUCAUUUGAUAUUUUGA